AUGCUCAAUCAUGAUAAUGAAAUUGUUUACAAACAAAAUGGAGAGGAAAAGCCUGUUGCCAAACUCCCAACAAUCCCAGUGAGGCUUCUCAAACGGAGGAAGCAAGCUAACAAGGAUGUUAUUAAAGCCCAACUGAAGCACUCCUCAGAUAUACACAGGCGAGCCAGAGAACGACGAAGUGUGAUUCGAAGACCUGCUCAUUUUAUCGCGACUGCUAGGAAGGAGUCGAGGGACCAGAAGAGAUUGGGACGCGUGUCCACACGAAAAGCGCCCAUUGCAACGGACGAUCGUCUUGGAAUUGUUAUUCGACUUCACGGCGAUAACGGGCUUUCGGCAGAAUCGAAGCAAGUUCUUCAAAUCCUCAACUUGCAUGCCCCAAAUACUGCUGUGUUUGUAAGAGUUUCGGAGGCGAUGUUGAAGCUCUUAACUGUUGUCUGUCCAUACGUUGCUUGGGGUUAUGCUGACUUGGCAACUGUUCGAAGUUUGAUCUUCAAGAGGGGGAAAACCAAGGUUGGCAAUAAGAUUCGUUCAAUUGACAAUGCAGUUGUGGAGGAGAAACUCGGAUCAUUGGGCAUUCUCUGCAUUGAAGAUCUUAUCCACGAACUGAUGACUCUGGGACCCCACCUUCGUGAGGUUUUGGGUUUUGUGCACCCUUUCAGACUGAGGCCACCCACUGGUGAUUGGAAAAGGCACUUGAAGAGGGCUCAGCACCCUUUCAAUCAUACGGUAGCAAAUAGAUAUGAGAUGAUAAGUGAAUUGAUCCAGAAAGUUGUGUAA